CUUUACCCCUAUAAAAUCAACCACAUAUUUAUCGCCUCUCAUCGUCUUCUUCAUUCAUCCAUCACACUUUGAUAUUUUAACCCAUUUUCAAUCCCAACUGUUUUCACCUUUCACAUAUGCACAUGUCUGUAAUAGUGUAAUUGUCACCUGCAUUCUCCAUCAUUGUUACCGGUUUUGAUUCGAUAAAUCCUCGAAUUCUAGUUAAAUAUAUUCAAAAUCACUAUCAGUUUAUCAUAAGUCAGGAGUAAACUCUAAUUUAAACAUGAAAACAAGGCGUUCGGGCUCACCGUCUGUUAUUGUGAUCGGUGGUGGUCUUGCAGGCAUAGCUGCUGCUCGUGCUCUCCACGAUGCUUCAUUUCGGGUUGUUUUACUUGAGUCUCGCGACAGAAUUGGUGGUCGAAUUUGUACGGAUUACUCGUUCGGUUUUCCUGUAGAUUUAGGGGCAUCUUGGUUGCAUGGUGUUUGUAAGGAGAAUCCUUUGGCUCCUAUUAUUGGGAGACUUGGAUUACCUUUAUAUCGUACAAGCGGUGACAACUCGGUGUUGUAUGAUCAUGACUUGGAGAGUUAUGCCUUAUUUGACACGGAUGGGAAUCAAGUUCCUCAAGAACUAGUCUCGCAGGUCGGGGAGACAUUUGAAAUCAUAUUAGAGGAGACAAAUAAGGUUAGAGAAGAGUUUAGUGAAGACACGUCUAUACGGCGCGCGAUGUCAAUCGUGUUUGAAAGAAACCCAAAACUAAGGCUGGAGGGGCUUGCUCAUAAAGUGUUACAGUGGUACUUGUGUCGAAUGGAAGGGUGGUUUUCGGCUGAUGCCGAUACCAUAUCGCUUAAAUGCUGGGAUAAGGAAGUGCUUCUUCCAGGCGGGCAUGGACUUAUGGUCCGGGGUUACCAACCAGUUAUAAACACUCUUGCUAAAGGCCUCGAUAUUUACUUGGGUCACAGGGUAAAGAAGAUAACCAGGCGCACUAAUGGUGUGAAGGUAACAAUCGAUAAUGGUAAAACAUUCUUUGCGGAUGCAGCCAUAGUGGCGGUCCCGCUUGGUGUUUUAAAGUCAAAUACCAUUAGUUUCGAGCCAAGACUACCCGAGUGGAAGGAAGAAGCCAUAGCUGACCUUGGAGUUGGAAUCGAGAACAAGAUCGCUUUGCAUUUCGAAAAAGUGUUUUGGCCAAACGUAGAGUUUUUAGGAGUGGUUGCUGAAACCUCGCACGGAUGUAGUUACUUUCUUAAUCUUCACAAGGCUACAGGUCAUCCGGUGCUUGUUUACAUGCCCGCAGGACAGCUGGCAAACGACAUUGAGAAAAUGUCGGAUGAGGCUGCCGCUAGUUUUGCUUUUUCACAGCUUAGAAAUAUUCUUCCUGGUGCUUCUGAACCGAUUCAAUAUCUGGUUUCGCAUUGGGGCAGUGACGAAAAUUCACUAGGUUCAUAUAGCUAUAACAUCGUCGGGAAACCUCACGAGCUAUAUGACAAGCUAAGGAUCCCCGUGGAUAAUUUAUUUUUCGCAGGGGAAGCAACAAGUGCUGACUACCCCGGGUCAGUACACGGAGCCUACUCGACCGGAUUAAUGGCUGCGGAGGACUGCCGAAUGCGGGUUCUUGAGCGUUAUGGCGGGUUAGAUCUUUUCCAGCCCGUAAUGGGCGAAGAUACUCUCGCCUCUGUGCCAUUGUUGAUUUCUCGUAUGUAAAUGACUAGUUCGCUAGGUAUCAAACGUGUUAUUCUGUUUGAUCAAUGUGGGAUAUCGAUGUUGCAGUGUAUAGUUCAAUGCUAAUAUAUAAGUUCAAUGUUUUU